GAGUAUUACGAGACCAUCGAGAGAAAGAAAUAGUUUUAUCCACCAUGGCAGAUAAUCUUCUUCCCCAAGGAGAUGACGUAGCUCAGCAAUCACAUAAUAGCUUUGGACCACUUUCCGAGCUUCGUGGAAAUAUUGCUACGAUCACAUCAGCUAUCGUGAUUGUGGUUAGUGGCACGAUGCUUUUGUUCGCAGCGAAGGAUAACAAAAAGAGAGAAGGGAUUGAUUUCCUGGUGUUUACAACAGCCUUGCUUAUCUUGGGUGUCGUUCUCGGAGAAAUAGUACGAAGAUUGUGCCUUGUGUCCGAAGAGAUUAAACACAAGCACGAGAGAUAUCGAGGAAACUGGAAGGAUAUUUGCAAGAGGACUUUAACUUUCAAUAAUUCCGGUAGUAUUUUAGUCGUUGCCAUCGCUCUGUUCCUUGUUGGCAGUCGACAGCUCUCUCCCGUAGAGACAUCGGAUUUGAACGAAAAAGAAAACAAGAAUGUGGCUGAUGGGCUGGCUUGGAGCUACUACUUUGGGUAUCUCAAGCUGGUGCUGCCAAGAUUGGGAUAUCGUAUUUCCGAAUCGGACACAUUUCGUCAUAAGAUUACAGACGAAAAGCUUUUCAUUUUACUUCCAAAAACGUGCUAUGCAUUUGAAGAAAUAUCCAAAGCAGAUGACAGGGUAAAAUGGGCCGGCAAACUUCCCGCGAGUAAAAUUAACAGGGCUGGAAUUUUGGAGAGAAGUUACCAGCAUGCGGUACACCGCAUAGAGAUGCCCCGCCCAGAUGGAACAGUGGAAGAGUACCACUUUGUCUUGGAGUACGCUACGCCUCUUAUGUCCCUGUGCGAAAUGUCUGGUCAUGCAAAGGCCCCUUUGACUGGUCCAGAGCGGGAUCAACAGGUGGUGUUAUUCAUCCAUAAGCUGAGGGAAAUUUUGGAUGACGCUGAGGAAUGCAGAGGAAAGUAUGAAUUGGUUCCAAUUUCAGGAAAUGACACAAACAAGAUUGCGGAUGUCCUUGUGGGAAUGCACAGUGCAACCAACAUAGAUUAAGAAGGGGAGACCGAUGAGCAAA